CAACAACGCUUAUAUGGCAGUCAGACGAAUGCGCAGACGUUUUAGCUCAUCGAAAACACGGCAGAUGAAUACGCGCGCGACAUCCUUAUAAGAAACCUUGAAAGUACGCUUGGCUAACAAUCAGCACGUCAGCGGCGUGGUUCUUGGCUCUGGUACAAGUCACCCUCGAAAACAAGUCAUCAACAUCACAGAAUCGUUCACCAAUAUUAGAGCUAAGUUUACCGCAGCAGAGAGUCAAAACUCUUGUAAAAGGUCGCAUUUAUCCCCACUUCAAAUCGUUCUGCUGGCUCAAGGAUAUUAAGCCAGAGUUAUCGACGUGACUAAGCACAGUGAUCAUAUUUGAAGGCCCUGCUUAAUGUCAUACAAAGAUUGAUACGAGAGAAGAGUGCGUAGCCAUUUGCAGGUAACCCAAUCAAUCGGAGUGCGCUCGAGAGCAUGCCUUUCUGCAUUUGAUGAAUAAUUUGAAGCCAACUGAGUUAUGUGAGACCAAAAAUGCGACGAACAACAGGUCUUCUUGUAGUUGGAAUUCUGAGUUUCAUUUUAGUCGCUUCAGCUGGAGAGGGGAACCGUAAUGCAAUUGCUGAAGGAACAAGACGAAACAAAGGUACGACUCAGUAAAGGAUUCUGCUCUCACACGUUCGAUUUCAUUAUUUAAAACCUGUGUAACAGAUGCGGAAAAUUUGCUUGUUCUUGACUGUGUUACGUGCGUUCAUCUGAUAAAGGUUACCAAACGACACUAGCUUGUCGUAGAAACUGUGAAGACCGUCCGAAGCCAUUCUGACAGAAAUGCCUUCAAAAAAAGCUACAAUAACAGCCAGACAAGAAUAACUAUUAGAUAUUUUGAAAACGACUGAGUCUUAAUAGCUUUUUACUUUCCCAUCGAAUUGCUUCAUGUCAUCCGAAACUCAACUGAUAAAUUUUUCAACCAAAGAUGUUCAGGGAGCAAGUAAGAUUAUUCGAGAGGACAUGUGCGUUUUGGUUAGUAAGUAGGCUAAUAUCUCGUACAAGUAUGGUGUUUUUAAGUACCGUUCAGAAUUUGAUCAAAGCGCUCCCGAAUUACCCACGACCUAUGCUUUUGCUUACAUUCUUUGCAGAAUUCGUAAUGACUUGUUAUGAUGCCAUUUACUUAAAAAAAUCGAAACCUUUUAUUGGGCUUUUUAUCGCGAAUAAUCUAAGAGAAAACGCUUGCAGAUUUGUUUGAUAUUGCUUAUUCUGUUCCGUCCUUGAUAGAUAAAACCUCACCAACAGCUUGCCGACGAGGUGCCUUGUGCUGCAGACUUGGACGAAAGGCAGUACGACUUGAUUACACGUCGUCAGUUUACACAUGCAACAUCGAGGCUUUGAUACAAGGUCUGAAACACAGUAAGUCUGCAAGUCAUCGAUUACGCAAGCCUAACCAUUCACAGGCGGAUAGAAUGGAUGCUGCUAGCUCGCUUCGCAUGUCACAAGGAUUUGGACGGCGUUUGAACUUCUGCAAAUCUCAAAGACCAGUGCAAAGGCGAUGCUUUGAAGAUUGCUGCGAGCGUAGACUGCGAGAAAGGCAAGUCAAGGCAAAAGCAGCCACACAAUCACAAAAGCAAAGCUCUUCUACAGAGUUGGAGACACACUCUGGAGAAACAUAGUCUUUUUGAAAAAAACUCUUCCGUAGUAACACGUUGGGGUUUACAUUCUAAUAGAGAAGCAGGACAGAAUGACUCGAUAAUUAACGAGAUGGUUUUGCAUUUGUUCCAGUUAUACCGUGUCAGUGUUUCGAUGCCGUUGGUAAAGUUGUUUAUAAAAUAUUUUAUUUCUAAAAAAAGAGUCAGUAGAGACGAAUUUAUAGUAUUCGUGGAAUUCUUAAUUGCCAUUCAAGUUCCCAUUGCCGAUUUACGUCUUUUCUGUCGAAGAAUGUCAAGCAUUUGGAUUCUCUAAGACCGUGGUUGACAUUUGCUUCAAAUAAUAACGAAAUAGCAUGUCCAUUUUCAUCCAAAUCGUUAUUUCGUGAAGCAAAAUGUGCGUCGGCCAUUGGUAUCCUGCCACGAUGAAACAAUUUCUUCUGAAGUUGUAACAAAGAUCAUUAGGAAAUCAAAUCGACUUGAAAAGGGUUUAGACCCUUAGGCAUUUAAGAUCUUCAUAAUGGUGGAAAAGCGUAAUUUCGUGUCCCGAUCAGAAUUCUAGUGUUGACUAAAUAAAUGAAUAAUCUAAUUUAAGACUGUCUGGUUUUAUAGCGUUAAUGACAGCAAAGAGACUAUUAAUACGUCGGCUGUGUUGUUUAGUAUAUCUAAGCUGUCAGCAUUACACGUUCUAAUGAUGUGCUAAGUCAGCUGCGUGAGUAAUGUAUAGCAAAGUGGAGCUAAGUGGUGGGAGGGACCGAGUUACUGACAAAUGUGGGCUGAGCUACCAUUAGCAUUGUUAUCACGCGAUCAAGGAACUGUUAUUGACGUACUACAAAAGUUCAAAUAUCCAUCUGCAAAGCCACAGGAUUGCUUGACCUCUCGAAACUUUCUGUUGUCAGGCAGUAAGACAGACGAGAGUACAAAGGACUUAAGGGAGAUAUUUAAGGUGUCAUUCAUGUUUAAUUACGUGAACACGCUUAACGCAGGUAUUAAAAACAGAGAGAUUUUCCCUGGAAACUACAUACACUGUUCAAGCUCUGUUUCCAGACAUUAAGGCAAUCCUAAGCAACUCAAGAGUAGUUGGUGCUAUUAGCGGGUAUAAACUAGCAAUACAGGAAAUAAACUGAAAGCUAGUCACAGAGAUAACAGAUAUACGAUCAAAUACAAUACAGAUUAACGAUUUGAGUGAGUAGUUGCCUUCUCCAAAGAGUUCUGAUCCACGUCUUUCGAUAAUCUUCUAAUAUAGAGCUACACCUUUGAUCUAAUUAACAAUUCCUUCUUUGCAUCAUAAGUCCGAUAACACUCAUUUUCUGGGGUAAACGUUCCUCUUUCAUUAAUUAGAGUUCGCAAUAUAUUUCACUCUACCAAUAUAGGCACCCGACGUGCAAGUAGGGUUUGAGUUAAUUAUCCUUUCCCUUUGAAAAAGUUUUCUUAUCUUGUCAGACAAUUACAUAAAAGUUAAAAGAAAAGUUUCAUGUAG